AUGAGAUUUAAUAGAAAUGCUACUGCUCUCCGCCCUGUGAUUUUCGCCAUACGGUUUGUGCUCAAAGCAAUGACAAAUCCUCACGAAGAAGCUAAAACCCAGCAAAAUACUGACAAAGACCCUGCUGAAGAGCAUGCAAUCCAGCAAGCUCCUCUCAAAGGACACGAAGACGGUGAUAUUCAAAGCGCAGAAACAGGCAGCAUGUCUCCUCAUUCAUCAGAAAAGGACACAGAACAAAACAUGAGGAACAAACCACCUGCGGAAGAAAUGAUAACUUACACCAGGCUCAACAGGAUUAAACAUCUAUCAACAAGCAAAAAAAAGAGAAAAUCAGAUACAAGCACUGUUUUUACUCCUGGAGCAAAAAGGCAAAAGCAAAAGGACAAUGCUGAAAACAUCGUCGACACUAGUACCUUGCAGCAUCAGCCAUUGCCUCUAAUGGUACUCCCGCCAACAGCACCAACCGCCAUGAAGAAACAAGGUGAACGCAAGAAGAAAAACAAACGACAAAGGGUAGAAAAAGAACAAGACGAUACCAACAGCAAAGGUUCAGAUACCAAUGAUGACGACGAUGACAGGGAACAUGAUGCAGAUUUCAUUCCUACAGACGGCGAUGAUGCCGAAGAGCAUGACAGCGAUGCAGAACAUGACAACGAUAACAAAUCAGGACAGAAGGACAUGAAGAGGAGAAAGACAAGCGGAAAAGAAUUGGCAGCACCAACAGUUGACGAAGAACAGCAAGAAACAAACGAAGAGAAAUGCCAAAUCAAGGCAGGGGCAGCAUUCGCUCAUGUCAAGAAAGCAUGGAAUUUACUUAAAGACCGUCACAAGCAAGAUAUUAGGACGGCAGGAUUUGGCAGCAUAGAGAACUGCAAAAUAAGGGGCUCCAUCUGCAGACCACUUGCAGCACACAUCUACGACAACCUGGACACAGAAAGCAUGACAAUAACCUUCAGUGAUGGUCCGAAGACAAGAAAAUCAAGAUUACCAAGGAAGCUAUACACAAGCGCCGCUAUCUUCGCCCGACAAGCUAUAAUGGUAGAGGACAUGGACUAUCCAGAGAUGGCAAAGAUGGAUUUCUGCGAGCCACAACAAAACCAAGAGAAAGGAGAAGAAAAGAAAGAAGAAGAAGAAGACGAAGAGAGGAAGAGAAGAACAAAAUCAAGGGACAUAGGCAUUGACAAGAACAAGAUAAAGCGGCAAAAACAGGAAUGUACCAAUAGCACGCCAGGCCAAGAUGAACUCCAACAGCAGGAUGGUGUCAACAACCCCAAAAACACGAAUGAACGGAACAAACAAAGCAACCUCACAACAGACAAUGCUACAACAACAACUACCCCAACACAAGCACAAGAUACGACCGACGUUAGAACCUAUGAAGAGGCUCAGCUGGAGAACAAUCAAGUCAGCAGCCCCGCCAACCAAAUGCAAGAGGCUAACCCACAAUCAACCAUUAGCAUAACAAACGACAAAGAAGAAGAAAACAACGAAGAGGAGGAAACAAACGAGUACGCUGAUCUCGAAGAUCAAGAACUUCAAACAACAACAUCUGAAGAGGAAGAGGAAGCAAGCAAAAGCACUGGCAUAGACAUUCAACAAGAAAAACUAGAGGACAACACGAGACAAGGAGAAGCCGUGCAGGCACAAGAAGCUCAAGAAACCAUCAACAAUCAAGACCAUCAAACACAACCAGAGGAGCCCAAUGAACAACCCGAACAUGUUCUUCAAACGAUGGACAAUAAUGCCACUGAAGACCAAGCCACAAAAAAUUCACUCACCAAACAACAGGUACCAGAGACAGUGGCAGCGUCAACGACUGAAAAGAAACACGAAGAAGGCGACCAUGGAGAUACAAGCAAUGAAGCAGGCACACACAUUGUUCCAGAGAAAGAAGCAGAAACCAUCGAAGAAAACCCUACACCGUCGUACGAUGCCAAUUCCCCUGGCAGAGAGGUCAGUGCCAACCAGGUCGAGACUGAGAAACAAGAUGGAAAAGACCACCAGCAAGACACAGACGACUCAAAUGAGGAUGCAGCAAAAACUGAACAAAAGGGUACAAUGCAAAAAGAAGAACAUAACAUGCCGCAAGAAGCAGAAGGAGAACAAGAAAGGAACAACACUGGACAGGACAUAUCUUCUAGCAUCGAAGCAGGCACAAUGGAGAAAGGGGACAAAGAUAGUGAUUCCGUCAACAAAGCCAUCGAAGACCUCUACAACGUUGUAUGCAAGCCAUGGACACAGAGAGAAAUGGAUGAGCUUUUCAUUACAACGAACAAGUUUGAUGUCAAUCUAGGCCAUGUCACCAAAAGCUUCAAGGUCGGCACAAUAGAAUUCUUCAACAAUGUAACCAGCAAAUUAAUGAAAAUAUGGAAGCACGUAAGCACAGAGCUACAGCUUUCACAAAAAAGCAUCGACCAUUUCAAAAGGGUCAAACUGCAGGUGCCACUUCAAGGAGAAGACACAAUGGACUGCGCAUUCUACAUGUACAUGAACCUGAAGCACUACUCCAAUGAUGGAACAACAGCAAACUUAGAGCCAGAACAAGUACCAGAGUUGAGGGAAAAAGUUCUAUAUCAACUAAUCAGUCAACACAAAGGGAAUACCAAACUGUCAUUAAUCAAGUGUACAACAGAUAUGCUGAAGUAUGAAGUCGAUAUGGGAGACAAAGAAAUGCAACAGACAGAAUGUUGCGUACUAGAAGAGUUUCCGCCAAAUCCCGAGCCAAAAGAACAUAUUAUGCAUGCGACAACCACAAAAGAGCAUGAAGUUAUUGAUAUAUCCAGUAAACACAAAGAGGUUACGGAUGUCAGUAGACACGCCGUCGCCCAAGAAUCUUGCACAGACCACGAAGAAAAGGAUCCACCAAUAGAACCAGAUCAACCACCACCAGACGACAAGAUACCACACCAUGCUGAAGAGCAAAUGGACGAGCAAAAUAUCAACAUCAAUACCCUGAGCACAGAUCAACUUGAACAAACAAGCACUGGUUUAAAAGAGGAUGGCACAAGCAACGACGUACCAAAUACACAAGAACAGGUUUUCGAGCAGAAGAAACAACCUGUUCUUCUUCAAGAAGAAACAGGCUCGACAAGCAAUCAGCAAGGCACCUCCAGCACCAUCUCUCUAGAGUUACUAAAACCCAAAACAAUGGAAAAGCACGACGAAGUUGAUGAAUUUCUUUCAAGCCUUAACCCGCUCCAACUAGAGGAAUACAACGAGCAUGUAAAGAUGGGCGUUGAAUUUGAUGUAAUCAAAACAUGGCUGAAUGACCAUGAAAGCUAUGAAUUCAACAAAGAUCCCACACCGUAUCUGACAAUCUUGCAGCAAGAAUCAGGAGAACAUUCAAUGCCUCAAUCAUCUGAGAACAGCUCAGACAAGAAAAUCUCGGUCAAGAAGAGACCGAUUAUGAUACCUCACAACACAGCUAAACACUACACAGUGUACGUGCUCAACAAGUACACGAGCUCCAUCGACAUACUUGACUCACUGAAUUACAGAGACGGAGACGGAAAGAAUACAUGGAAAACACACCAUAAGGAUCACCCAGAACUGAUUAAAAGGAUGCACGCACUCAUGAAGAAGCAUUACGGCGAAGCGGAGCUACGAGCCAACGGCGAACCGAACUGGUCGAGGAUAGCAGAAACACCUAACAGAGUUUGCAUGCCAAAACAGCAGGGUACCCAAUGCGGACACUUCAUGGUUCAAUUUGCAAAAUACUGGAAUGGCAUUGAUCUCAUAAAAGAUGAUGAGGAUUUCGAUAUAUUCAUUCCAAUGGAGAAGCAUGACCGCUAUGUAAUAUAUGUGCGGGAGAAAUACAAACACAAAGUUCACAUUAUUGAUCCUCGAGAAAUGUCUCCAGAGGAAUUUGAGAAAGAAAAGAUAGACAUGGAUAAAUUGGAUCUAAAAGAAGCAUCUCGAGUUCUUCAGGAAAAUGAAGAUGCUAAAAAAGAAAGAGAAAGACAGUUUCAGGAAUAUCAUGUUCAUAAGUCGGCAAUCGUACCUAGGUUUAAAGAAGUCUUCAACACCAUACUAGGACAAACAAUGAAUGCCAAGGGUACAAGAUGGCAGAUUCAUACCGUGCAAGAUGUUCCAGUGGUAGAAAAGGGAGAAUCAACAUUUGCUGUUUUAAAGCUUGCAUUCCUCUACAAUGGUGAAAAGUUUGUCGAAGACCUGGAAGAUUUAAUGGACUGCGCAUUCUACAUGUACAUGAACCUGAAGCACUACUCCAAUGAUGGAACAACAGCAAACUUAGAGCCAGAACAAGUACCAGAGUUGAGGGAAAAAGUUCUAUAUCAACUAAUCAGUCAACACAAAGGGAAUACCAAACUGUCAUUAAUCAAGUGUACAACAGAUAUGCUGAAGUAUGAAGUCGAUAUGGGAGACAAAGAAAUGCAACAGACAGAAUGUUGCGUACUAGAAGAGUUUCCGCCAAAUCCCGAGCCAAAAGAACAUAUUAUGCAUGCGACAACCACAAAAGAGCAUGAAGUUAUUGAUAUAUCCAGUAAACACAAAGAGGUUACGGAUGUCAGUAGACACGCCGUCGCCCAAGAAUCUUGCACAGACCACGAAGAAAAGGAUCCACCAAUAGAACCAGAUCAACCACCACCAGACGACAAGAUACCACACCAUGCUGAAGAGCAAAUGGACGAGCAAAAUAUCAACAUCAAUACCCUGAGCACAGAUCAACUUGAACAAACAAGCACUGGUUUAAAAGAGGAUGGCACAAGCAACGACGUACCAAAUACACAAGAACAGGUUUUCGAGCAGAAGAAACAACCUGUUCUUCUUCAAGAAGAAACAGGCUCGACAAGCAAUCAGCAAGGCACCUCCAGCACCAUCUCUCUAGAGUUACUAAAACCCAAAACAAUGGAAAAGCACGACGAAGUUGAUGAAUUUCUUUCAAGCCUUAACCCGCUCCAACUAGAGGAAUACAACGAGCAUGUAAAGAUGGGCGUUGAAUUUGAUGUAAUCAAAACAUGGCUGAAUGACCAUGAAAGCUAUGAAUUCAACAAAGAUCCCACACCGUAUCUGACAAUCUUGCAGCAAGAAUCAGGAGAACAUUCAAUGCCUCAAUCAUCUGAGAACAGCUCAGACAAGAAAAUCUCGGUCAAGAAGAGACCGAUUAUGAUACCUCACAACACAGCUAAACACUACACAGUGUACGUGCUCAACAAGUACACGAGCUCCAUCGACAUACUUGACUCACUGAAUUACAGAGACGGAGACGGAAAGAAUACAUGGAAAACACACCAUAAGGAUCACCCAGAACUGAUUAAAAGGAUGCACGCACUCAUGAAGAAGCAUUACGGCGAAGCGGAGCUACGAGCCAACGGCGAACCGAACUGGUCGAGGAUAGCAGAAACACCUAACAGAGUUUGCAUGCCAAAACAGCAGGGUACCCAAUGCGGACACUUCAUGGUUCAAUUUGCAAAAUACUGGAAUGGCAUUGAUCUCAUAAAAGAUGAUGAGGAUUUCGAUAUAUUCAUUCCAAUGGAGAAGCAUGACCGCUAUGUAAUAUAUGUGCGGGAGAAAUACAAACACAAAGUUCACAUUAUUGAUCCUCGAGAAAUGUCUCCAGAGGAAUUUGAGAAAGAAAAGAUAGACAUGGAUAAAUUGGAUCUAAAAGAAGCAUCUCGAGUUCUUCAGGAAAAUGAAGAUGCUAAAAAAGAAAGAGAAAGACAGUUUCAGGAAUAUCAUGUUCAUAAGUCGGCAAUCGUACCUAGGUUUAAAGAAGUCUUCAACACCAUACUAGGACAAACAAUGAAUGCCAAGGGUACAAGAUGGCAGAUUCAUACCGUGCAAGAUGUUCCAGUGGUAGAAAAGGGAGAAUCAACAUUUGCUGUUUUAAAGCUUGCAUUCCUCUACAAUGGUGAAAAGUUUGUCGAAGACCUGGAAGAUUUGUCAGAUGAGGUCGAAGACUGCAGGGCAGAGGCAAUGUACAUUCUCUUAAGUAGCGAGAUGAAUCAAGUUAAACCUAGUGAAAUGGGUGACGAGAUUAGCAAGAUCUUGAGCAAAAAUGAAGACUAA